GGAGCUGGGUGUGAAGAUGGCGGACGAGGAGGCCGAGCAGGACCGUAGUCCUGAGAACGGUAUUAGUGAAACGAUUGGGGAACUCAGACAACGGCUGCAAGAACUGCAAGAAGUCGUGGUCAGAGAAGGUGGCGACUCUCCAACCCAAACCUCUUCUGAGUAUUGUCAAGAGUUUUGUAGGACACUGCUGGAGUAUGCAGGACGUUGGAAGAUAGAGGAAGAACCUUUGGCGCUGGUGGAAGUGUACAUCGUUGCAUUGCAGAGUUAUGCCCUGGCUUCUCCAUACCUCUCUUUGCAGUGUGAAAAUGUUCCUCUUGUGGUUGAGAGGCUCUCGCUGAGUUUCGUGGAGCUUUUGUUGUCGCUGAAGACUGAUGUUCCAGAUGGUUUAUGGAUAGAAUUCAAGUCAUCUGUGCAGUUUGCUUACAGCAAGCUGCAGGAGAAUGGAAUCGCUCAGCUGUCCUUGCUGUCUUCUUUGGGCCAGUAUGAUGGUGUUUGGACCAACAGGGUCCUGCAAGGCCUUCUGUCCAAUGAAAACCUACAGACUGAACAAGUUGAGGAGUUCCUUGUGCAGGAGGGGCCGGGGCUGUUGGAGAUGAGAGUGAAGCAGCUGAUGAAGGAGAAUCAUCUGGGGAAGGCUGCACUGCUUGCAAAGGCAUGCUCUGAGUGUCCUGACUUCCAAGGGAAGGGACCUUUCAAGCAGAUGUACCUUGCAUGCCUCUGUGCUACCUCAGAACAGGACCAGCUUAUGGAGGAGCUUUCAAAGGAGGAUUGCCGUGAUGCAUUGGAGAUGAUCUGCAACCUGGAGUCAGACGGAGAGGAGAGGGCAGCUUUCAGCUUAUGCUCAGCUUUCCUGACCCGACAGCUUCUCCAAGGAGAUACAUACUGUGCUUGGGAGCUAACUCUGUGUUGGAGCAAGCUAUUGAAGCGACUGGAGCCAUCAGAGCAGGCCUUCCUCGACAAAUGCCGCCAGAUGUCCUUACUUUCCAAAACCGUGUACCACAUCCUGUUCCUCAUCAAAGUCAUCCAAUCAGAGAUUGACAGCGUUGGACAGCCGGUGUGUGUCGAAAUGUGCAUAAGGGCUCUGCGAAUGGAAUCAAAUGAUGGAAACACCAAGGCCACUGUGUGUAAAACAAUUUCCUGCUUGCUUCCCACUGACCUGGAGGUCAAGCGAGCCUGCCAGCUGACAGAGUUCCUCUUGGAGCCCACAGUGGAUUCAUACUACGCUGUGGAGACUCUUUACAAUGAACCAGAUCAAAAAGUAGAGGAGGAGAACAUGCCUGUUCCCAACUCUCUACGCUGCGAGCUCUUGCUGGUUUUUAAAACUCAGUGGCCUUUUGAUCCAGAGUUCUGGGACUGGAAAACACUUAAGCGCCAUUGUCUUGCACUAAUGGGUGAAGAAGCUUCAAUAGUGUCAUCCAUUGACCUGCUGAAUGAUACUGAGGUCCCAGAAGAAGAGGAAGACUUUUUCAGUCAAGAGGGGUUUAAUAAUGUCCCAGAACACAUAGUCAGCGGCACCUAUGAACUGAAGGAUAUAACUGACAAGAGACAGAAAAACAGAGAAAUGAAGAAACUGAGAGAAAAAGGUUUCAUAUCUGCGAGGUUCAGAAACUGGCAGGCAUAUAUGCAGUACUGUGUGCUGUGUGACAAAGAGUUUCUUGGCCACAGGAUUGUACGCCAUGCACAAACUCAUCUGAGUGGUGGAGUAUACAGCUGCCCAAUAUGUGCUCAAACCUUUACCUCAAAAGACACAUUGAUUCCUCAUGUAACCUCACAUGUAAAACAGUCGUGCAAGGAGAGGCUGACUGCAAUGAAAACAAACAAGAAAUUGGCUAACCCUAAAACAGCUGCUCCUGUCAUUGCAGCAUUAAAGGCCAAGACAGAAAACAAGCUAAAUGAAAAUGGUGAUUCCUUUGGGCAAAAUGAGGGGUUGAUUCCGAAUGUUCAGGCCAGAGUUGCAAAGUGUAACGGAGAGAGUAGUGAGGAAAAUGUGUGCCCUGUUGGAAAAUGCAGAAGAAGCUUCAAAUUUUUCAAAAAUCUCAUUGCACAUGUUAAAGCUCAUGGGGAUAAUGAGGAAGCUAAGUCUUUCCUUGAAAUGCAGAGCAAAAAGGUAGUUUGCCAGUACUGCCGCCGCCACUUUGUUAAUGUCACCCAUCUUAAUGAUCAUUUACAGGUUCACUGUGGUGUGAAGCCUUACAUCUGUAUACAGUUGAACUGCAAGGCAAGUUUCCUGUCCAACACUGACCUCCUUAUACACAGGAAAACACAUUCUGUUUUUAAGGCCCGAUGCAUGUUUCCAAAUUGUGGAAAGAUUUUCAAUGAAGCCUUUAAACUCUAUGACCAUGAGGCACAACAUUAUAAAACUUUCACCUGUAAAGCUGUGGACUGUGGAAAAGUAUUCCAUUCACAACGCCAGCUUGAUUUGCACCAGGCAGGGCAUGCCAGCCAAGGAGAGGAGAGCCCAUCUUCAGAACAGACCUCACAAAAUGUGCAGCCUGGCCCUUCACUCAUUGAACAAAUGCUUUCUGAUCGUCCUAUAAAACGAGAGAGUUCCCAAGAAAACUGGAACAUGGACAGUGUUAUUGAUUCAAAUAAUGGAAGGCUACCAGUGUCAAUUGAGGGUUUGCUGAAACCUUCGCAAGCAACUGUAGAAACCGUAGGACAUUACAGAGUCAAACAAGAACCACCAAAUACACAUUUCCCAACCAUCAGUCAGGCACAGAGUUUGAAUAAUUCUGUGAUUCAGCCUGUGAAUUCCCACUUGUCUGAUCCUAGACACAGAAGUGGUUCAGGUGGUCAAUCUUUUGAAAAGCUGAAACAACCCCAACAGAAUCAACCAGUACCUCCAUUUGAAGCUAAUUUAGGUAAUGCGUCACAUAACUUUAAUACAGAUGACUUGCUUGGCCCGCCACAAAUGUUCCCAACCAAUACUGGUUACAACUCUGACUGCAACUUACCAUUGCCAGGGCAGCAAGUGCCAAUGUGUAGUAACAAGCUGUUUUCAUUAACACCGCCCCAGAACUCUGUAGAGCCAGCAAUGUCACAACGACUUCCUCCAACAGUAACCCCUCAGCCACUAACUGGGAACAGAUCAGAGAACUCUGUGACAUCCUCAACUAGCACAGGUCCCCCUCCAGGACAGAGAGAGCGAUACCACUGUGCAUUUGAAACAUGUCCAAGGCACUACAGUUCCUACAGAAGUGUUGCCAAGCACAUGAAAGCGGUUCACCCUGAUUUCUAUGAGCAAUGGAAAGUGGUUCGUACUAAAAUCAAGAUAACUUAUGCUCCAGCACCAAGCACAUCAUCUGCUGGACACCCCAGUACAGUCACCUCAGUUCAGAACCAGCAGAGCAACAUGGUACAAGCUCAUGGAGUUCAAAGGCAGAAUGUUAUCCAAUCCCCUUCUUAUAAUAAUAAUAAUAAUAAUAUGGGUACAAGCUCAAACUCUACUACUAUACAUGCCUCGUCUGCCCACAACCAGAAUGCUUCACUUCUGAUGGAAACCGUUUUAAGUCCCAUUGUUCUCUCACAGCUAGGAAGUGAUACAAAACCAGUAACUACACAGUCCCAAGGUUCAGGUAGUCAAAAUUGGCAAUCCACUGCUGGAAGUGAACAAAUUAGCUCUUCCCAAGCUUUUCCAACUAACAAAAGAAACAAAAGGACCAAAUGGCCAGCAAUUCUAAGAGAUGGCAAAUUUGUUUGUUGCAGGUGUUUUAGAGAAUUUAAUAGUCCAAAAUCCCUCGGAGGCCAUUUGUCUAAACGUGCUAUCUGCAAACCAUACGAAGACUCUGAACUAAACACAGACCUGCCAGCAUCAUUUCUUGACCUUCUCAAUUCAGAGCAAACAGUUGGCACAGCUCAGCCACAGUUGUCAUAUAGUCCCUCUGCUGCUUAUGAGGAGAAGCCAGAUCAGUCGGUGACAAAUGGCUCAACAGCCACAAAAGAUUACCCCACCCCAAAUUAUCCACAAGAUAAUUUGCCCGGAUAUGGGAAUGGUGAAACAAAUGAUGACAUUCUGAAACAAAUCAUGACUGAAUCCAACAUGUCUGAUCUUUUUGUAAACACACCUGCUCCCCAGUCAUUGUUCCAAAACCCUUCUCUUCCCUAUUUAGCUGGUGAACGCUUGCCGGGAAGCUCAGUUAUACAGCAUACAGAAAAUGUCCAGAUAAAGCGAGAGGAAAACUCCUACACUGCAUCCCAUUAUCUGCAGCCUAGUGUUGAUACUUUUGCUGGAAGUGAAUUCCCUGACCCACUUCUCUCUCAAAUGCUCACAGAAAACCCUUCCAAUGCUACUCUGGGAAGCGUUCCCACAAACCACAGUGUAGAAGGGUAUCACUCUGAGACAACCAUUCAGACACCAGAGUCAAACCAAGUGAUACAAACGCUGUUACCUGAUGGUGAGCUUAGUCCAGCAUCAAUAAGUGGCAAUCAGGCUGAAACACAAAGGAAGACAACUGAGCAAGAUAUUAAAAAGAGACUACGGGAGCAGAUUUUGGCUGGCGACUUCCAACGUAGAAAUAGCUUAUGCUAUUCAAGCAAUGCUGAUCCCAAUGCUAAUUCAAAGAGUCCCCUGUUGUUUGGUCCAAUGUGCAGUCCUUCCAGUAAAUAUGGACUUCCACAAAUGUCUUGCGACGCCAAGAGUGACUCAGCUAGUCAGGGACAAGUCAUCAACCUAGGAAACUCUGAUGACAUUGAUCACCUACUAAACAGACAGAGCUUUGCUUUUUUCAGAGAAACCUCCACCCCUCAGCAGGAGAUACUGAGCCCCACAGGCGUCCUGGCAAAUGAUGCAGAUCUUGAGCCCACUCAGUUAUCUGCCAUUCAGCAACAGUGGAUGACAGAAAUUCAGAGUUCAUUUGAAAGGCUUGACUUGGUCAGAGAAUUAUCUGAUCAGAUCCGGUUAGCUCCUGUGGAACAGAGUAGCAAUAGUAUGAACAGCCAGACAAUUUCUACAAAAGAGGUUCCCAAGCCAUUUGCUUGUGAGAAUGAGAACUGCACAUUUAGUUCCAAGUCAAGUGAAGCCCUUUGGAAACACCUCUCUAAAACUCACAACUAUACUAUUGAAAUGGUAAAUGUAGUUAAAAAAAGAUAUGGCCAAUAUGCUCCUUUUAAGUGUCAGAAAUGUAGUAAAAGAUUCACUCGUAACUCAAACCUUCGUGCUCACUACCAGUCAGUUCACAAAUUAUCAGCUAAAGAAAUCGCAGAUCUAGAUAUGAAGCGAAGAGAGGCAAAUGCUACCGCAUCUGCUGCUAUUCGAAACUGUCUGUCUACUGCAGCUCAAACCAAAAUGGCUACUCAUUCAUCAGUGGAGAACGGAACACAUCUGUAUUCACCCCAAAAUGCAGUGAAUAGGGAUUACCAAUCACAGGCAUUUGUAUCACCUACAAUCAUGGACAAAACGAAUCAGAAAUUUCAAGAUGACAAUCGCUCCACAGUCAUUCAUGCCUUGCAAACAGCUCAUACCUCCACAUCACGGUUUCAGUCAGUGCAAGCAGGGAUGGCAGCACAGCAGUGGUCACAUGGACCACAAAGAAACUUGCCCAAGGUGCCCCCUCAACAUACGAGUGUUCAACAACUCGGAGCCCAUUUGCCCAGGGUGUCAGUUGCUCUCACCCAGGCUCUGUCUGGUUCUCACGCUAAUGGGCCUCCGUUUCUUGACAAACAAUCUGGCAACCUACAGGCAAUAGUUAAGCCAAGCGUAGACGUGACCAAGAAGACAAAAGAGAAGAAGUCCAUCUCAGGAGAUGCCCUGAGUCCGUACAGGCCGUACCAAUGUGUCCACCAAGGUUGUGUGGCUGCCUUCACCAUUCAACACAAUCUGAUCCUCCACUACAGGGCUGUUCACCAGUCUGCCUUGUCAGCAUUGGAGGUGAACAAAGAGCAGGACCAGAGUGAGGGACUGGAUGAAACUGUGGAGCAAAAUGAUGAGGAGCAAGAGGCAGAGAUCCCCCAAAUUUCUGAAUUCAGAUGCCAAGUCAAAGACUGCUCUCGAGUUUUCCAAGAAGUUCCCAACCUUUUUCAGCAUUAUCUUCAACUCCAUGAAUUCAGUCUUGAUAAGGUUGGCAAUCUCUUAUCCAGCAUCAAGCUCGGCAGGUUUGCUUGUAGUCACCAGGGAUGCACAGCAUCCUUCACUGCUUUCUGGAAGUAUUUAGGGCAUGUCAAAGAGCAGCAUAAAGAUAUGAAGUUGGGCAAAGCUGAACAAAUUAAUGGUUCAUUCAAGUGUGAAAUCGAAGGCUGUGACCGUUCCUAUGCCACGAAGUCAAACAUGCUUAGACAUGUCAUGAAAAAGCAUCAGGAGCUGUACCAGCCUAAACUAAAGAAUCAACAGAUAAAAGAAGACUGUGUGAAACAGAAUUCAAAGACUUUGCAUUACCAAAUGACCAAAACAAGUAAUGGCAAGGAAAAUAUUGAGAGCAAUAAGAAGAUCCUACAGAGGGGAAGUGACACAAAGAAAGUUACUAAGGCAAAAAAUCACUGGACAAAAUAUGGAAAACCCUCCCUGAAAUCUAAAGUGGAGGCAUCUUCAAUGUGCACUAAAAAAUUCCCUCUACAAUACCCCUGUAUGAUUAAAGGUUGUGAGUCAGUCAUGAAAUCAGAGCGGAGCAUAUUAAAACAUUAUGUGGGACACGGGCUGUCAGAAAAGUACCUGGAACAGCAAAGGAGUCACUUCAUAUUCUGCAAAAAGUUCCCCAGGCAAAAGUGCCGCCCCGUCAGGAGUGAUGAUUCUAAAUCAGAAAACACCUCUGAUCUGUCAGACAACGAGCUGACAGCAACAGACACAGGCCUGGAGAGUGGGGAAUAUGGAUAUUCGAAGCCCGUCCUCCGCAAAAGGGCCUCAGCCGGGUCCCCUGCUACAUUGUUUGACAGCAAGCUAUCAAAUGAUGAAAGUUCUGAUGGCUCUGUGGUGCUAAAACGCAAACGAGGACGUCCACGAAAAGUUAUCGGCAAAAUAGUGAAACGCAAGAAGAUUCCGCGUACAACCAAGACUGAGGUAGCCUACAGCAGGGAUGAUGAAUCGGACUCCUCUUGCCCUGCAGUGAUGCAGGAGGAGAUGACUGAGCAGAAUGCGCCGCUGGCCUCUUUUAAACCGAUGGGAUUUGAAAUGUCUUUCUUAAAAUUCCUGGAACAGUCAAAUAAAUGUGAACAUCCCCUGACGAGGAAGGUUGAUGUACUUGAGACAAUGAGAAAGACAUCCAGCCUGAACACCAAAGACACCUGUGUCAGAUUCAGCAACCGUCAGAAUUUAAAAUCACUUGGUAAGGUUAGAAUAAUCAUAGAUGGGGCCUUUUCAGGUGUCGCUGACCUUAUGUUGAAACAGCUGCAGGACAUGCGGCCUACUGUGGUAUUGUAAAAAAAAAAAAAAAUAAGGAGAAAAAAAAGACUUGUUUCUGUUGUUUUUGUAAAGCAGAAUCUCAGGACUAGAAUGAGUAAAAUCUGCUGCAGACUGGUGCCCUGCGUAUCAAAUAUUUUUUACACAUACGGUUACUUAAAAGUUGUUUUGAAUUAUCUAAUAUCUGUACAUUUUUUUGUCUUUUUUAUGAAAAAGUAUAUAGCAUGUUUUUAUUUAUGAACUGUCAAGUCAGAACAUUAAUUGAUAACUGUGACAUCAACUUUUUGGUGUCUAGCCCCUGUUGGACUAACACAUGAACUUUGAAAUGGAUUGUAUUGUGUGUAGUUUGUGAUUCAAAAAUGUUGAUUAUUGUGUGUUGGUUAUAUAGACUGAAAUUGCCCACUGCCACCAGCAGUCUUACUAUUAAAUGAACAGUUUUUUUAA